UCCACUCCUCUCCUCAGGAAAUAAACCCUACGAAGUCCCAAAUGAGUUCUUCAUCUUCCACAUAUUAAAACCCUAGCCACCAAUUUCCUUUUCUCCUUCCAAUUCCCAGAGAUGGGAAGGUCUCGAAGAAAGUACAAGAAAUCUCGCCCAAAAGUUAAGGUUGGUUUGCCCAAAAGAAACCCUAAUGUCUUCAAGCCGUCUUUUUGCAUGCCGCCUAAGCUCCGCUCCUUGCUCGCCGAACAAUUUGAAGAAGAUCCAACAUGGGAUGAGAAAGGAAGUGUCAUUCAAAAUUAUAAAUCCUUCGGUGUCAUUUCUAAUCCUAAUUUGCUCAGUGUUCGUUCCCGCACUGAUCACAUCGUUGAAAGCGACUCUCUCCAAGUCCCGCCAUCCGAUGACCCUGACUCCGUUCUUGAUUCUUCCGGUAGUGAUGUUGAAGAGGACGAUUUGAAAACAGCGUUGGGAAAGAAGCGCAAAGAUGGGAAAUCUGCACCUCUACAACCGUUGACCACACUUCAGCGUGUUCAUGUCGGUAAGUUAAUCGAGAAAUAUGGAGAUGAUUACCAGAGGAUGUUUAUGGAUACAAAGCUGAACUCAAUGCAGCAUUCUGUUGCCACUCUGGAGAAACUAUGCAAAAGAUAUCACAGUUGUUUAGAUAAGAAUCCCUUGAUAUUGACUCGUAAAUGACGAUAGCUCCUUCAUCUUUCAAAUUGUUUUGUUACGAGAGGUGAAAAUCAGAUAAGGUAUGAUCAUGAAAUUUUAUCGAGCAAUAUUGUUUUGAAACUAAACGUAUGAGCCUUAAUAGAUAAAUCAUUCUUCCUGCU